UGUUGGGUGUACCAUAAAAUUUCCCAUUAUUUAUCUACACAGAAGACAGAACAUCAAAAUCGGAGCUAUAAACAUCUGGGUGACAGAUACCGACCCGGAAGGAAAAAAGUUCUGAUGUGAUAAACCCGUGAAACCCUAAAAUCCUAGAAAAAAUCAACGGAAGCUUUAACGACGGCAAUGAUGGCGGAUGCAACGGCGGAGUCACCGACCACGAUUCUCCCGGUGGAACUGAUGAUCGAAAUCCUUGCUAGAGUUGACUCAAACAAUCCUCUGCAGUUGAGGUCAGUAUGCAAGUGGUGGAAAUCUCUUGUCGUUGAUGAUCAAUUCGUGCAGAAGCACCUUCACAAAUCCCUCGCCGACAUCACCGAUCUACUUUCCACGGCCACGGAACACCGCAAAUCCUUCGUUUCGCAUCAGAUUCCCAACCAGCUUCAAGAAGAAGAAGAAGAAGAUGAUGAUGAUGAUGAUGAUGAUGAAGAGGUUGACGAAGAAGAAGCAGCGAAACGAGCAAGGAUGAAUAGGUUAGCUGAGUUGGAUAAUCUUUUGGUUGGUGUUCGGUCUAUCAAAAGGGAAUUGGAAAUUAUCAAAGUUGAUACGCUAGCUAUGAAGGAUAGAAUGAAGUGUCUUGAAAGUUUUCUGAAGAUUUAUCUCAAAUCAGCAACAUCUUCAUCUUCUCAGUUAUGAUUAUCAAUGGUUUCGUUUUGCUUUUAAUCUCUUUUGAAAUGUUGCAACUUCUGGUUUCUUAGAUUAUUUAUAUCGUUGCUUCUUUUUGUUUCGAAUUAAUCUGAAAUCACGAUGAAGGAAUGUUGGAGUAAGAAUUAGUUUCUGAUUUUGAUGCUAUUAGUCUCUGACGGAUAUUGUUCUUGGUUCAAAUCUUUGUAAAUGAAUGGGUUAGUUAGUUGAAUUGAAUGUUAAGAACUGAAAAAAAAUGCUUCUUUGACCUCA